AUAAAAAAAGAAAGCAUCGAAUUCCAUCGGAAGAAAUCGCCAUGGUAGCCGCAACAGUUAACCUUGCGAACAUGACAUGGACGUCGCUAAAUUCAAAUCCAGCAAUCUCUUUCUCCAUGUUAAGCGGAAUCAGAAGCUUGGGUAUGUUACCUUUGAGGAGAUGUCUAAAGCCGACAGUAAUCGGAAUCGCGUCGUGGCCACCACAACGUUGUUCAUCUGUUAGGGCCAUGUCUUCAUUCGGAUCGACAUUGGAAGAGACUGUUAAAACGACUGUGGCAGAGAACCCUGUCGUUGUUUACUCCAAAACCUAUUGCUCAUACUCGUCUGAAGUGAAGUCCUUGUUCAAGAGUCUUCAAGUUGAGCCACUGGUUGUUGAAUUGGAUGAACUCGGUUCAGAGGGGCCGCAGCUACAAAAUGUGUUGGAGAAAAUUACUGGACAAUACACUGUUCCUAAUGUUUUCAUUGGAGGCAAGCACAUUGGUGGCUGCUCAGAUACAUUGCAGCUGUACAAUAAAGGAGAACUGGAGGCAAUGUUAGCUGAAGCCAAUGGAAAAACCGGUCAGACCUAGAGAUUUUUAGAGAUGAAACUGGUUGGUGAUUUCUUCAUGUUUCCUUAUUGAAGUCGAGAUGAUUGCUGUUUGAAUUCACUGUCUAUAUAGAGAGAUUUUCAAUAAGAAUCUUGUGUUUCUUUCUACGUAAUAAACAGUCAGUGAGUCA